AGGGACAGGUUGCAGGAUGAGCUGGAGCGGUGCGUUUUGCAGACACAUCCCCUGUGCCUCAGCCCGACCCCAGCAGGAGCAGAAGAGUCGCAGCACAUACCCAAGGUCCUGCGCUUCCGUGGGACUCCUUUUGUGAAGGAGCGAGAAGUGAUGACCUGCGUGUUUGGGGUUUAGCGUCUCAAGAUAGCCGAGGAGUGGAAGAGCAUGGAGAAAGCAGACACAAAAACUGAUGAUGUGGAAGGACAGCAAGGCAACGGACAGGCUUCGGAUGGUGCGGUGUACACAAAACAGUCUGACCAAAUCUCUGAGGCAAAACCGAAGUGGUCCAUGCCAUCUGACAACAACUUCCGAUUUGAUUUUACACUUCCUGAGGCAGACCCAGAAGCAACCGGUGCACCCUUGGAAGCAGUCCCUGGUGUUGGUGGUGCUGAGCAAAUAGAAACCAAUAUAAGAGCCACUGAGCAGGAGAACUGGAGUGGAGCUCUGAGUUUUGUUGCCUCUGGACAUGAACCCAAAUUUGCCUUCAACUUUGCCAUCCCAGAUGAAGACUGUCCUCCGGUCCCAUUAGUUCCAGCAAGCCAACAUACAGAGGGUACAGCAGAUCAUGAAGUGCUGGGUAAUGCAUUGCCUACUGAAUCAGUAGAGGUGCUGCAGGUUACAGCCUUGCAGAAGCCUGAGUUGGCUCAAACUGCAGGUAGUCCACCCAAAGAGGACAAAAGCCACCCCUCAUUAACGAUCCCCAAACCAGAGAGUGCUCCUGGAGAUAAGGCAGUGAUGGAGAAAUCAACAUCAGAUGGAGCUACACAGAAGAAGAAAAAGAAGAAGAAACAAAAACCAUCUGUCAGUAAAAAGGAUACAGAGGAAGCUGAGGUCAUCAGGAAGACAAAGGCAGAAGCUAAUGGAUGCCAGAAUAAAGAUGGAUCCCACCAGGAUGAGACUUCGCAGCAGUCAGACGACCAGCUGUGGAAGGAGGUGGACUGGUGUGUGGAACAACUGGAGCUUGGCCUGAAGACACAGAAAUCCACUCCAAAGCAGGCCGAGGAGGCUCUCCGGGCAAUCAGGACACUGCGCAAUGACAAGGCUCCACUGGUGAAGAAGCGUCAAGUCAUGAGAACCCUUUUUGGAGACUACAGGAAGAAGAUGGAGGAGGAGCGGUGCAAACAGCUGAAGCUCAUGCAAGCAGCUGCAAAAUCAGCCAGAAUCAUGGAAGUGAAGGAAAGCAUCUGCAACAAGAACUGCCAGGUCAUCAGGAAGCGCUCUGAAGUGUGUAGGAAAAGCCAAGAUUCAGCAGGAUCCCCUUCAGAGUCAUCCAGGACACUUAAUACAGGCUCAUUCAAAUUCACAACUUCCCAAGAAGAGUUUCGCUUUAAUUUCUUCUAGGAAAGUAUCUUAGAUUUAAACUGUAGGUAGAAACUGUGCAAGAUCUCCCAUAAACUUAAAAAGGAUGCUAUGCAGUAGAAAAUGUUUUGCAAGUAUCUCUGUAUUUCCUGAGGAAAAGAUUCUCUUUCAGAGUGCCUUUAGACCAUACGGAUCCGCCAACCAUGCAUGGACCCCAAGCCUCAAUUCUACACAGCAGUCCUCUAUCCUCACACUGAAGAAAGGCACCUUUGCAAAGGUACCUCUGGAAGGAAUUGGUUUCCUUCCUGCAGAACUGACAUUAACCUAAAAAUGUCUGUUACACUGGGAGAUUUUCCCAUUCUCCUGUUGCUUUUACAUAAAGCAGACCAUUUAUAGCAGAUGAGGAAGCAGUUUGUACAAAAGGGAGUGCUCUGUAAUGAAGAUCCAGCUUCUGUGAGGAAAAAGGAGAAAAGGCAGUGUAAGUGCAUGGGGUGUCUGAGUAUGUCCACGUAACAUCUGUGUGAAUGCAGCUCCUGGUAUUGAGGAAACACAGGGCAGUAGGUAUAGAUAAUCGCUGCCAUCUACAGAGCACAAAAGUUCAGGAUCUUGGAGGAAAAUGAGUGAGAAUCAUCCUUGCUCAUUCAUCUGUUUAAUUGACAGGUGUUGACUUAGAAGAGAACUGUAAAUGCUGAUUUAAUCCAGCUUAGGGACGUUAGGGCAGUUGUUUCCAGACAGGGAAAUAUUCCUGUUUCUGAAAUGAGGUCUUGUCCUUAGGAAGGAUGAACAAUUGGUUCUUUAAAAACAAACAAACAAACAACGGCAACUUUACUUUGUAAGUAGCCCAGUUACAAACAGCAGUGACUCAGGAUAAAUCAUGCUAAACCUUGGGUGGCAGUGAAAUGAACUGUGAGAGCCCAAAGGUUCUCUGGCAUUUGAUUUGUAUUAAAUUCUUGCUUUAUGGACAGUUGAGUGUAUGUCUCCAGUGUCUUGAUACUGCUUCAGCUAAUGAACCCAUCUCCUAUGUUCAUGCAGAAAAUCUUCUCCACUCAGCCUAAAAAAGCUGAAGGAACAGAAGUUCUUUAAAAGGAAACAUGGUAGCAGGUGUCCCUAGGGUGCAGUGCUUUCCUUCCUUUUUAUAGUCCAGUCAGUCAUCCUGCAUGAGAAGCAAGAAAUAGAAGUGUAGGCAGAUUCCAAGGUGUGCUGAGAGCAACUGAAAGAUGGUGGAAAGCGUUUGCUGAGAAAGACCUCAAAAAACUGAUGCUGAGUUUAAAAAAAUAAAAUAAAAUUACUAAGCUCUGAUGCAGCCGCUUGCAUCUGUGAUACUUUUUUCUUUUAAAUAUGUUACAUAUUGACUGCCUAGGCAUAACAAGAAACUGAACAUAAGUAACUUUUCCAAUGAGUAGAAAUAUGGAGAGAAGACUUAAAUAAAACUGGAAAUCAAGAGGUUAGCUGAUUGUUUUACCUGCUAGCAAGUACUGCUGUUACUUUGACUCUGUGGAACAUCACUAUACAGUAUUUUCUGGAUUUUCAGGAUUAAAUAUACAAAAGCCAAAUUGUUUUCAAAUUUUUACUGCUCUCAUUGCAUUUUCUAAAAUUAAGCAGCAUCCUGUGUACGACCUUGGAACUACAACUGUUUCCUUACCUAGCUGGCUAUGCAGAAUGUGUCUGGGAAAUAGUUAUUUUUCUCCUUUUUCCACGUAAGGCUAGAGCUGAUAAAAUAUUAUAAAUUCCUGUGCUGUGAAAGGCUGCAGGAGUAUUCUGGGAAGCAUUCUUACACAAUUGCCUUGUUCGACUUUUCUUCAGGCAUUUGCUAUUAGGAUAGAAAUACUAGUCAGAUAGAUGUUUGGUUUAACUUAAUCCAGACAGUUUAUCUCCAAAGAGGGCAGAAAAAAAAAAGAAAAAAAAAGAAAAAAAAAAGCAUUCUAAUAUGUGCAAGGCUGCUGUGGUUCUUCAGAGGUCUUUACAUAAAGCUGACUUGCAAAGCCAACCCAUAUUCCUUUGUUGGAGGACUCAGAAGGGGCAAAAGUUGAUCGAAGCCCUUCAUAGCCCUGAGUGCCAUGCUUGACCUGUGCACUUGAGUGUAAGACCAGAAGUCAGCUGGGCCAGUUCCACAGGCAGGCUGUGUAAGCUUUGUAAUGUUUGACACAUCCCUGUUGCAUUACCAUUUGAUUAAUUUGAAGGGAAACCAACAUUAUUAGAAGCUAAGAGAUGCUGUUGCUGCUCUGUCAGUUCAUUCCCCUUUGGAGAAGCCAUAAGUAAGUCUUAAUGACAUUUAAAAUAAAAUGUCUACUCUUUUUAGCAUUGCUUUCUGUAGGAUUUCAGUGACAUUUAUGGUUUUCAUGACAUGUCUUACUACAGCAGUGUCACAUCUGUAACGCACGUGGCUGGAGACAUGGUCCAUGCCCUAGGGCAUUAACAGUGUACAGCGAUGGGGGAGAAAGGAGAAGUCCUUAUCUGCUUGGAGUUUUCUGUUCCAGUGUUCCCAGUUUAAGAAAACAUAGCUCAGUUUUGGUAGAAAAUGUGGCUUAGUUCUGAUUGCCUGUCUUUCUGCAUCCCUCUGCAGCUUUAUGCCGUGCACUUGAGAUCAGUGUGAAAGGGGUGGCUGCAGUUGUGGUGCCUACCGUAGCUCUUUGGUGACUGCCCACCUAGACCUGGUGUGACGGUUCCGCAGUGCAGCAGUUCCUGGCCCAGGCUUGUGGCCAGCAACCCGCUUACAAGAUCCUCCAGCGUGGUCCUCAGGAAAAACUUAAAGAUGAGGCAAAAUGGGAGUGUAAAGUACGGCAGUGCGGUCAGUGAGAUCCCGAGAUGACAAGAUGCUGUCAUUUUUCUCAGACCAUUUCUCCUUACCAAAGCAAAGGAAAGGUCUCACUUUUGGGAACAAAUUGAGGUGGUGUUUCUGCAGCAGGCUGAGACCAAGAAUGUUGACACACCAAGGCAGCAGAAAUCUGGGCGUGAUCUCUGCUCCUUUUAGGCUUGGCAUCCUCAUCUGUAAAAAGAUCCCUCGGCAAAGGUUAGGAAAUGCAAUCCCGUCCCAUACAGACCCUGCCUCUGGUGGGCCGAGUCACUGGGGAGCAGCCUACAAAGGCUCUCCAAGAGAUCCCCACAAAGUUCAGCUGAAAUCAUCCGAGUCCUGAGACUCCCUCUCCCAAGGCCAGCAUAGACAGAAGGAAGCCAACAAAACUAGUCCCACCGAAUCUGUACCGUGAGUGACUGGUAGCUCCUUCCGACAAGUUUUUUGAAGAGUGCUGGGGGUAGCCUGUGGAACCAGCAUCUAAUGACCCCCAAAGGAUAAAAUACUCUAUUAUCUUACUGAGGGGAGGAAAAAAAACAAUCCUACCUUAUUUUUUCUUUGAAUUAGAAAGAAGAAAACCUUGCCAUUUCAAGGAAGACAAGAAUUCAAAUGCUAUAAAAGAAGGAAAGGUUUCUGAAGAGUGAUAAGCGUCUGACCUGCAGUUUCUUAACAAAAACAAGGAGCAAUACUGCUGUUUUAAGAUCACACGGAGCAGUGACAGAUCUUGCUGCUGAGGCUGUUUUACUCCAAGCACAAAGCUGCUUUACUUGCUUUGCUUAAAAGUAUUUCUGCUGUUCACUGUUCAUAUUUAGAACUGAAGGAAAAUUUGCAAGCCACUCUGCUUUAGAAAACUUUGAUAUUAAAUUACCACAGUGCUUUAAUUACUGGCAGCAGUUCUCUUCUGUGGUUGCUGAAACCUUUGAAGGAGUGACCAUCUGCUGUGUUUGGCACAUCUGUCUUUUUCCGUGUGAGCGCAUCGACAGGCACUAGCCCCUGCGUAUCCCACCACCAGGAUGGAAGAGGUCUGGGUUGUGUACCUGUGCCUGAUCUUGCUUAUCGUGGUGCUUCUUCUAAUGAGGCAUAACCCGCAUUUGGAGGAGGCCAAGAAGGAGAGGGAAAGCAAAAGCCCUCCACCAUCCUCUUCCUUUUUUCCCAGUAACGUUGGCAAACAACUGGAGCACACCCAGGAAGAGCUGGAGCACUAUCUGGAGAGGCUAACCCACGUCUUGUUUGACUCGGAAGCCAGGAAAAGGGAUGGCCACCAUGACCAGAAGUCCCACCACCAUCAGCACAGAAGCGCUGAUGCCAAGUCUGAAACUAAGGAGCACUCAGGAAAGGAGGCAGUGUACUCUCAGUAUCUGUCGAGCCAUACAAGGGUUCAGGCCUGAAACAGCCAUCCAGCCUGAGACCGACAGUACUUAGAGAAGUUGCUGCUCCAGCUUCCAUGGCGUGUGGUGGCAGCUUGCAGAACUUAGUGGCAUCGCAGCCCUCCUGGAGGAGACCUGGAGUGAACCAAGGGGUUUGGUGGGGUGGGAUGGGAUUAGGGCAUCUUUAUAGGAGUACCUGGGUGAGGGGAGGAGGAACACUUAGCAUUGCAGUUCUGCUGUGGGUAGGGCAAAAAGCUUUCCCUGUGCUGAGGUCAGGUCAGGUACAUUUGUUGUUUCUUGAGAAUAAACACCCCAUUCUGUUUGUGCAGCUGCAGUCUUAAUCAGAAAUUCACUGGCUGGAGACUGUUGCUCCACAGCAAGCCCUUCCUUGCUCCUCUCAGCAGCCACAGCUUUCCGCACGGCUGGUGGGCCUGGUAAGCACUGACACUGAGAGAAAAAGCUAAUGCCUAAAAACAGAAGGCAGAAUCUCAAGAAACACCAGAUGACUUGGCCUGGCCAGUUUCUGAGCACACCACUAAAGUAAGUGCCUGCUUCAGGCACUUUGCAGAAUGCAAAGCUAUCCCACAACCUGAGAACUGCUGGCACUGACAGCUGCCUGGCAUGACCCUUCUGGCUGAGCAGAUAUGGGGUCUGCACUGGUGACACCAGGGGCUGGCAGCGCUUCCUACCAUCGGGGUGUCCAGACCAAAGCUGUUGCCUGCUGCUUUGGUUCAAUAUCUGUAAACUGAUAGAGAAGGCAGAGAGCGUUGGGGCUGAGCACUGGAGCGCUUCUUUGGAGUGUUUUCCCUUUCAAAGCCCCCUCCUGUUUGGCAGCACUGGGAAGUGACACUGUGAGGCAGUGACAGAAGCUCAGUGUGGAAAAAGGGUCAAUAUAUCGGGUGGAAAUGUUCUGGGUACUGAGCCAUCGUGUGUAACCUGCUAUACCCCAUCCACCGACUUUUUCAGUCUUUUUUUUUUUGGCAAUAGAAAGACUGCCCCCAAAUAUUGUACUCCUGGGCUGGCAGACAGGCACACGAAGGAACAUUUGCUAACUGCUCCUUAGCCGCAGGCCUUUCACUGUGACACAUACCAGUGGGACACAUGGGAAGCACAGUGCUGGCGAAUUUGAUCUGCCAAGAAAAGGAAAACGAACAAGCAAAGAACAACAACAGCAAAAACCUCUCUGCAGAUCUCUCAGUUUGUAAAUUUGUGGCAUUUCAGCCAGCAAGGAGGGAAGGAAGAAAGGUGAAGUAGAUAAACAAUGAGGAUUUCCAUGGGAUUUCAUCUGGAGCGGAUGCAGGCGAGCAGCAUACAGGUGCUGAGAACAGCCUCCAAGAGGACAAUAGCUGUCAGGGUCACCCUGCAUUUGGUGCUGUCCCUCCAGGCAGGGACACACCUGUUUGGUGCUGUCCCUCCCCUGGUGGCGCACACAGCCCGCAGGGGAUGGCUGCAGCUCCUGGAGCUCUGCCCCAGCUCCCCUGCAAUCUUCCCAAGCCUUGACAUCUGAUCCUGGGGGUGGGGAGCACCCUCUGGCUGGGUGCUACGAAAUUCUGCCUGAGGACUUGGCAUUGCCCCCCAGUGGGUGCGUACCACCCUCCACCCAAGCAGUAAACGUCUGUCACCUCUCAGCCUGCAAGGGACGGGCCAGUCGCUCUAAAAGUGCUUUGCUGGAAGCGGUGAGGUCUCUGGAUUCAGGAGGGCAGUGCAUGUUAGACUUGCUUGCAGCAGUAGCCUUAGAGGCAGCACGCGCUAGGCGAGAGGUAUGCCAGUGCCCUGCAGCGUAGAGUAGCAAUGAAAAGAAAAGAUCCUGUUACCUGUGGGUGAGGGGGGGAGCUCAGGCUGUGGCAGCAGAGCAGGCGGCCGGGCAGUGCUGCUCCCUCCACAGGCUCAGACCACAGCAGCUCCUCCACCUGCUCCACAAAGGGUGGUGGGCGUCCUGCGGAGACGUGGCCAGGCUCAGCUCCCUGUGGGCUGGGGUGCAGCCCAGGACCUCGCACCUCCCACGUUUGCGCAGGCGCAGCUGGAGCCUGGUGCGCAGCGCAGCGGCAGCAGCCUGGGGGAUCGGGUACGGCUGCACUGUGCCGAGCUGGCAUUGCUUCGGGGCUGCCUGGAGGUCUCCCAGGGCAGCCUCCAGCAACAUGUGUGUGUCUGCAUGCAGCAGUCAGCUCAUUCCUCGUGCAGACCGCAGGUGAUCAGAACAAAACCAAUAAACACUGAGCUCCUAGUGC